ACGUGCUUACUGGAGACUCUGGCUCUGGGAGAGUGUGUGUCUUGCUUUUCAGUAAAGGUUUUGCUGCAGUUUUUAACGGUGUUACCAGCGAGUUCUGUUUGUGAACGAGCCUUUUGCAGUUAGUUUUAUGCAAUAACUGAGAAUUUACUACAUCCUGACGCAGCGUGUUGUGUUUGAAGUCCGAGCCUCCAAAUGCAUUGAACGUUUAGGCACCAGUAGAGGAUAUGGGGUUGUCUUCAUACGCAGGACAUGUUACAGCUCACAGUUAAUAAUCAAAUCUGGGGAAAAUAACAUGCCGGGGAAAAAGACAGUGAAGAGGCCGCCCCCGCCCGAGGAAGUCAAGGCAGCCAAGAAAGUGAAAGUCUCUUUAGUGUCACACAGCUCUCACAGGACAGUACCGGGCCUGGUGCUGGUACUGGGGCAGGGAGACGUGGGGCAACUGGGGCUGGGUGAGGAUGUGAUGGAGAGGAAGAAGCCGACACUCGUCUCCCUCCCGGAGAAGAUUGUCCAGGCCGAGGCUGGAGGGAUGCACACAGUGUGCCUCAGUGAAACUGGCAGUAUCUACACUUUUGGUUGCAACGAUGAAGGUGCUUUGGGGCGUGAUACGUCUGUGGAAGGGUCGGAAAUGAGUCCCGGUAAAGUGGAACUGAAGGAGAAAAUGGUGCAGGUGUCGGCGGGCGACAGCCACACUGCAGCGCUGACAGAAGAGGGCAGGGUUUACAUCUGGGGAUCCUUCAGGGAUAAUAACGGAGUGAUCGGUCUAUUGGAACCAAUGAAGAAGUGCAUGUUGCCAGUGCAGAUUCCAAUAGAUGUUGCAGUGCUCAAAAUAGCAUCAGGCAACGACCAUCUUGUGAUGUUGACAGUGGAUGGAGAGCUUUACAGCUCAGGCUGUGGAGAGCAGGGGCAGCUGGGAAGAGUCCCCGAGCGCUUCACCAACAGAGGGGGCAGGAGAGGCCUGGAGCGCCUCCUGAUCCCCCAGUGUGUCCCUGUGAAAGGCAGGAGCAAGGUUCGCUUCCAGGACGUGUUCUGUGGGGCUUACUUUACCUUCGCUGUGUCACAGGAGGGUCACGUCUACGGCUUUGGGCUCUCCAAUUACCACCAGCUAGGAACUCUAAGCACCAGCAACUGCUUCGCUCCUGUAAACCUCACCGCCUUCAAGAACUCCACCAAGUCCUGGGUGGCAUUUUCUGGGGGACAGCACCACACUGUCUGUCUGGAUUCUGAAGGUAAAGCGUACAGCCUGGGCAGGGCAGAGUACGGGCGGCUGGGUCUGGGGGAAGGAGCCCAGGAGGUGAAGGAGCCCACAGUCGUGCCGGGGCUGACGGGCGUGCAGUCUGUGGCCUGUGGAGCUUCAGUGAGCUGUGCUGUCACCAAGGAUGGACGUGUGUUUGCUUGGGGAAUGGGCACUAACCUGCAGCUGGGCACAGGGGAGGAGGAGGAUGAGUGGAGUCCCUUGGAGAUGACGGGGAAACAGCUGGAGAACCGGGUAGUACUGUCUGUGUCCAGCGGAGGGCAGCAUACUGUGCUUCUGGUCCAGGACAAACAGCAAAGCUGAUGAACUCUGCAAAGCCAAGAAUCUGAAAAGACAGAGAGACACUGAGCCAUACAUCUCUGGAGGAAUCUGCAUAUAAUCACCUACUGGAAAACGUACUCUUCAGUCUCAAGAUGUGAGAGUUAUAGUCUGAACUGGGAUGGAUUGAUAGAUCAUGAUAAAAGAAAAAAAAUAUAUACUUUUUAAUUGUGUUUGUUAGUUUUUGAGUCUUCAGUUUGCUAUCCAGGGACAUUUGUCAAUAUACAAAAAACGUCUUUUAAGACAGAGACAAAAUAAACCUCUAACCAAAA